AACUUUAACUAUUUUUUUGUAUCUUUUUUCUUAUAGUUAGAAAAACGAAUUUUAGAAAUAUACAAAGUUUUUAUAAUCCUAUAAUAGAAUUUGAACAGUGAAAAAUUAAGUCUGGUAAAUUUAAGAUAAUAUUUAAAUUUAGAUACACAUAUUAAUAUAUUAUAUCAAUUUUUAUGUACGAAAACUAUUUACGUGCAAUACACGUGGUAUAUUGCUAGUAAUUAUAUAGAUGUGUAUCUAUACUUAUUGAUAUUAUAAGAGAAUAAUAGAGUGGACAUGACUAAAUAUACUUAAGAAAUAUUUUAAACAUAUAUAUGUAAUCUUAAGAGGAAAAAAUUGAGGGUGGGCACGAAUCCCUUGGUGGUUCCACCCAUGAUGAUGUCUAAUCUUUGGUGUUUGUGUCAGACGACCAGCCUCAUUUUUUAGCAUGGAGAAAUGAUCACUUGAUAGUUCAUACUAACUAUGAAUGUUAUCAUCUGUUAAUAACAAGGGACUAUAAACAGUGCUAGAUCCACGGUAAUAGUUGUUGAAAAACUUGGUGGUAGCCUUGUUGAUUGCUAGGGGAGAUUGAUUGACAAAUAUUCUUAAUGUUGCUUACAUUUUAUGUCUUCAAUUAUUAUUGUGACAUUUUUUUGCUGGUAAUUUUGACUUGAGUUCAAUGUUAUUAAAAUUUAACUUGAUUCUUGAACAUUGAUUGAACAUAUGAAUGCAAAAAGGUUGAAAGUAGUAAACUCCCUCAAAUUUAAUCAAACUUCUGCUAGAAAGCUUCAUUCCUAUCAAUUUUAGAACACUGAAUCUGCAGGACUUCCAUUGAACACGUGUGGGGCAGAACUGUUAUGAUCUGUAUUGCUGUCUUUUUUCCUGUUUGAUAGAAUAAAGAAGGAAAAGAUGAUGGAAAAGAGAAGAGGAAGAAGAGGGAAAAAUUGUAAGAACUUUUGAAAGAAGAAGAAAUGGGAGAAAGCCCGGAAAAGGCUAAAAUACCUUAAUCCACUAGGAAAGUAGAGAAGAAAGGAGGAGAGAAAUGGGAGAAACCUAGAGUCCACUAUGAGCCUUGAAUCUACAAUUAGGAAAAGGAGUAACAAUAGAGAGAUCAAGAUUAGAGUGAAAGAGAGAGCAAAAGGGAGAAAAGAUGAGAGAUAGGUAGCCAAGGGCUCAUUCAAACGCUCUUAGAUCUCACAUCUUAGGGCUGUUUUUUCAUGUACAGCUUUGAGACAACUUUAUAGUAUCUGUAAAACCUUGGAAAUCUGGUCAAAUUACCAAGUGACCCCCUAACUCGUUAUAAUAACAUAUAAGGCCUUAAAAUCAUUCCUGGACACUAAAAUCUACCCUAAAAUUGAAAAUACAGCUAACUUAUUAACCAAAACUACUGUAAAACUCUGAUAACCAGCAGCUCCUGCAAUUAUUCUUUUCCUUUGUAAAACCACAUCACCUCAUUUUUAUAUUUGUAGCAAUCCAUUGUGUGGGAUGGAAAUCUUGAAGAAAACUUGUGAGAAGGAUGCUAUUUUAAUUCUUGAAUAGAAAGUGAUGAGAACUGGAAAAUAACAAUUGAGAAGAAAAAAUAGCGUAGAGAAAGAGAGGACAAUGCCCUUACAUAAUUAAUUAUGGUAAUCCACCCAAGCAUGCAAUUGACUGUAGACCAUAUCCUGCAAACCCCAAAAGGAAGAGAAAUUUGGCAGAGAGAGAGAGAGAAGAGAGACUGUAAUUAUUCCUUCAUUGGGGUUGGCUUAGAAAACAGUAAUUGGUUUCUCUGCUUUCACUGGGCAGCCCCCUUGGUGUUUGCUAUAUGAAUUAUUAGUCUGCCAUUCAGAUCUAUGGAGAGCCAUAUCCUCAUUUGAUUCUUUAGCAUUUAUGUGUUCCUAAGGCUCAAUAUUUCUUUGUAUAGUUAUUGUCAACUUGGAAACAGAAAUGUUUUAGAAACAUUUAGGAAACAGGAUGGAAACAAAGAAAGAAUUUAGAAAUUUGUUUGCGAAACAUUGAUUGAAACACCUCGAAGCAUUGGAAUUUCGACAAUCAAUCAUUGAUUCGCUUAUGUUUCCAAUGUUUCGGUCAUUUUGAAACAAAAAAUUUAGUUCUUGGUCUUUGCUCACUGCUUGAACCAUGUUUUAUUGGCUUUCCAAUUUGCUUCAUGCAUCUUCAUUUUGUAUCAAAUGAAUCCUCCGUAGGUUUCCACCUGUUCACUUACCAGAAAAAAAAUGGUUUCCACUUGUUCAACUAGUAGUCUUGAUUGCAUGUGACAUGACUAUAAUCGAUUACUUUCCCUUUCCUCAUCUAUAGAGAAAUUGCUUCUAACCCAUCUUUUGUGGACUUUUCAGUCAUCCAUCUUAGUUGGUUACACUUAAGUGUCGAAUACGUUCCAAAACUUCCAAUCAUGAUGCACUACUACACAUCCCUGCUCUUGUAGUCAUUGUACACAUAAUAGCAAACAAAUAUUGAUCCUGCAUUGUUUUUUACUACCAAAACAUUAUAGAGGCACUUCUUUGCUAUUAACAUCCAGCUCUGGUUUUACAGAUAUGUUGCCUGUGAGUCUUCACGUUAAGUAUGACUGGGUAUCUUGUCCAGUAAUAUUUACGAUGCCCUCAUUUAUGCUUUUAUUUGACUUAAUUAGUAUCUCGGCCUUCUACUUGUUAAUCUAGAAUCUUAACAAAUAAGUACAAUUAUAUGCUACCUGUUGUAGGAGGGGCUUUCUUUUCCUCAUAAAGCCCAUUUGUCCCGUUGGAAAAAUAGCAUAAAAACCUAGACGGCAUAGGUGUCUACCUGACAAUAUUAUAACAACUCUUCUGGAAUUCUUUACUUUUCUGCAUGACAGUUACAUGAUAAUUAUGUUUUUUAUUUUUUCCUCUUUUGGUGAAUAGUUUGUUAUUACCUCGCUACUACUAAAGUUGGAAAUUGACUUUUCAGCAAAAUUCUCUCUGUUCUUGUAACUUUUUUCACAUCCACAUUUGUCAUGAAAUGGGAAGAAUUCUUUCCUCAGAAAGAGUUGAGGUUUCCCCCUUCAUUUCAGUCGCGGGUCAUAAGCUGUGCUUCAAUGGAGGUUCUUCAGUCAUAUCUUGCCUGGAGACAAAGUGAUUGUCAUUUAGAAAACAUGUACAACACUUGUCUUUGGAUGCUGAUUAAAUCUGGAAACACUGAACUAGAAGCACGAGAAAUCGUGAAGGCCGAAAUAGGAGCAGAAAACAACUUGAAGGAAAAACAGAAGCACAAGCAAAAUGAGCUACUUUUCCAAAAGUUUGGCAUCAACUACACAGAACUUCCCAGCAUAUUUCGUCAAGGAUCAAGCAUUUUCAAGACAAAGGCUGAAGAGAUUGUAAAGUACAAUGACAAUGGCACUCCUGUUAAAAGGCUGCGGAAAAAGGUGGUAUUAGUCUAUUCCAAAAAUAUAGCCGCGAGAAGCUUUUGGAACAAGCAUUUGUCUCUCCUCAAAGAGCUGGGUAGUUUUGGGCAAGAUCUCAACAAAGUCAGAUCUGAGUACUUGGAGUCUUUCCAAUUGGGGAGCAAGUUGACCCUAACUAAUUGGAUCGUUAUUCGAAUCGAUGGCUGCCAUUUCCACAGAUUUGCUGAAGUUCAUGAAUUUGAGAAGCCCAAUGAUGAGCAAGCUCUGUGCCUUAUGAAUUCAUGUGCGGUUGCUGUGUUAGAGGAGUUCAACGAUAUUGUCUUCUCAUAUGGAAUGAGUGACGAAUACAGGUACUAA